AUGUCUAAAAUCUUCACACCUACCAAUCAAAUACGUUUAACCAACGUCGCCAUAGUGAGGUUGAAAAAAGGGGGUAAAAGAUUUGAAAUAGCAUGCUAUAGGAAUAAAGUAUUAUCGUGGCGAAAUAAACUAGAGAAAGACAUUGAUGAGGUUCUCCAGACACACACAGUGUUCACAAAUGUUUCUAAAGGUCAAGUCGCAAAAAAAGAAGAUUUAGUUAAAGUAUUCGGUAAAGAGGAUUUAACAGAAAUUUGUAAAGAGAUAUUAGAAAAAGGGGAACUUCAGGUGUCUGACAAGGAAAGGCAAUCUCAAAUAGAUUCCUUGUUUAAAGAUAUUGCAACAACAGUUGCGGACAAAUGUGUCAAUCCUGAAACUAAAAGGCCUUAUCCUGUAUCCAUAAUAGAAAAGGCAAUGAAAGAUAUUCAUUUGUCUGUAAAUGUCAAUAGAGGUGCGAAGCAGCAGGCAUUGGAAGUGAUACAGCAGUUAAAAAAAGAGAUACCUUUAGAAAGAGCACAAAUGAGGGUAAGGAUUUUGUUGACUGGCAAGGAGGCUAAAAAAACUAAAGAUAAAGUAGUCAAACUUGCUAUGAGUGUGGAGGAAGAGAACUGGGAUUCUGGUACAGCGAACAUAAUAUGUUUGAUAGAUCCUGGUAACUUUAGAACUUUGGAUGAAAUGAUCAGAACAGAGACUAAAGGAACUGGCCAAUUUGAAUUACUGAAUUUAAAAGAGAUGGUUGAAGGAGAGCAAGCUUUGUAA